AGUGCGGAGGGACGGAGGGGGAGGGCCUGGGAGCCGCGCAUGCAGCUCUGCCAGAGCCGGAGCCCGAACCCGAACCCGAGCUCGGGAGCGCCGAGCCCGGCUGGGACCCCUCCUCCCCAUGGAGCAGGGUUUCACCAUGACCGAGCCCCGAGGCCCUGUAGACCACGGAGUCCAGAUUCGCUUCAUCACAGAGCCAGAGGGUGCUACGGACAUGGGCACUCUCCGUCACGGGGGGCGGCGCCCCGCUAAGGAUGCGAGAGCCAAUACCUAUGGGGUCGCUGUGCGCGUGCAGGGCAUCGCUGGCCAGCCCUUUGUGGUGCUCAACAGUGGGGAGAAAGGUGGUGGUGACUCGUUUGGGGUCCAAAUCAAGGGGGCCAACAAUCGAGGGGCCCCGGGAGCUCCGAGCUCCGACUCCGAACUCCCUGAGAAGCCCUACACUCGGGCCAGGGAGUUUCUUGGCCGCUCACAGGACAGCUUGUCUGAUGAGGAGCCCGGGGCCGGCUGGAACGCUAGGCUCCUCCGCUCUCAGUCCCAGGCGUCACUGACAGGCCCUGCCCCCAUGGCUCCGGGCAACAGGAGCGCCAGCCUGCUGGAGCUGGGCCCCCAGGGAGCUUCCCCAGGGGACACCAUCGACACUGCUCCCCUGUCUUCAGUGGACUCGCUCAUCAGCAAGUUUGAUAGUCGCUUUGGGGGCCAGGCCCGGGGCCGCACUGGCCGCCGCAUGCGUUCACUGGCGCCUGAGCAGCGGAAGCGGAGUCAGAGCCUGGACAACCGGCUCCCGCGGGACACCCUCGAGGAACGGGAGCGCAGGUCCCCCACCCCCUGGAGCCCUAGCACAAAGCAUGACAGCCACCUGGGCAGCUUGAAACAGCCGGCCCUGAGCCAGAGCCCUCCCAGUGGCUUCAGCCGGUCCCGACAGACCCACGACUGGGUUCUCCAGAGUUUUGAGGAACCACGAGGGAGGACACCCGAACCCUCCGUGCUGCAGUUCAAGUCAACGCCAGACCUUCUCCGAGACCAGCAGGAGGCAGCCCCACCAGGCAGUGUGGACCACCUAAAGGCCACCAUCUAUGGCAUCCUGAGGGAGGGAAGCCCAGAAAGUGAAAGCUCUGUAGGGAGGAAGGUCAGUUUGGUGCUGGAGCAGCUGCAGCCUUUGGUGAUGGCUGCUUCCGGUUCUUCUAAGACCCUGGCAGGGCAGGGCGAACUUACCCGGAAAGUGGAGGAGCUGCAGCAAAAGCUGGAUGAAGAGGUGAAGAAGCGGCAGAAACUAGAGCCAUCCCGGGCUGUGCUGGAGCGGCAACUGGAGGAGAAGAUGGAAGAGUGCAGCCGUCUGCAGGAGCUGCUCGGGAGGAAGAUGGGGGAGGCCCAGCAAAGCACCAAGGAUCUUCAGAACAUGAAGCUCCUCCUGGACCAAAAUGAGAGGGUGCGACAUGGGCUGGAGGCCCAGGUGAUGGAGAUGCAGGACAAGCUGAAACAGGCCCAGGGUCCUGAGCCCGCUAAGGAGGUGAUAAUGAAGGACCUGUUAGAGACCCGGGAACUUCUGGAAGAGGUCUUGGAGGGGAAACAGCGGAUAGAGGAUCAGCUGAGGCUGCGGGAGCGUGAGCUGACAGCCCUGAAGGGGGCCUUGAAGGAGGAGGUGGCCUCCCGGGACCAGGAGGUGGAGCGUAUCCGGCAGCAGUACCAGCGGGACGCAGAACAGCUUCGCAGGAGCGUGCAGGACGCAACCCAGGACCAUGCAGUCUUAGAGGCUGAGAAGCAAAAGAUGUCCGCCUUGGUGCGGGGGCUACAGCGGGAGCUGGAGGAUACCUCAGAGGAGACAGGACAUUGGCAGAGCUUGUUCCAGAAGAACAAGGAGGAGCUUCGAGCUACCAAGCAGGAACUUCUGCAGCUGCGGAUGGAGAAGGAAGAGAUGGAAGAGGAGCUUGGGGAGAAGAUAGAGUUCUUGCAAAGGGAAUUAGGGCAGGCCCGAGCUGGUGCUGCAGAUUCUCGCCAGGUGGAGGAGCUCAAGAAGGAGCUGCGUCGGACACAGGAGGAACUUAAGGAGCUGCAGGCAGAGCGGCAGAGGCAGGAGGCGGCUGGGCGACAGCGGGAGCGGGAGUUGGAGAAGCAGCUGAGGGUUGAGGCUGAUCGAGGCCGGGGGCUGGAACAGCAGAACGUCCAGCUACAUAAGACCCUCCAGCAACUGAGACAGGACUGUGAAGAGGCUUCCAAGGCUCAGAUGGCAGCGGAGGCAGAGACGGCAGUGCUGGGGCAACGUCGGGCAGCAGUGGAAACGACGCUUCGGGAGACCCAGGAGGAAAAUGACGAAUUCCGACGGCGCAUCCUGGGUCUGGAGCAGCAGCUAAAGGAGGCGCGAGGCCUGGCGGAGGGUGGGGAAGUGGCGGAGGCACGGCUUCGGGACAAGGUGCAGCGGCUGGAGGCAGAGAAGCAGCGGCUAGAGGAGGCCCUGAACGCUGCCCAGGAAGAGGAAGGGAGCCUGGCAGCAGCCAAGCGCGCCCUGGAGGCUCGGCUGGAUGAGGCCCAGCGGGGGCUGGCCCGCAUGGGGCAGGAGCAGCAGGCACUGAGCCGGGCCCUGGAGGAGGAGGGCAAGCAGCGGGAGGCCCUCCGGCGGGGCAAGGCAGAGCUGGAGGAGCAGAAGCGCUUGCUGGACAGGACGGUGGAGCGACUGAACAAGGAGAUGGGGCAGAUUGGAGACGACUCUAAGCUAGCCCUGCAGCAACUGCAAGCCCAGCUGGAGGACUACAAGGAAAAGGCCCGGCGGGAGGUGGCAGAUGCCCAGCGCCAGGCCAAGGAGUGGGCCAGUGAGGCUGAGAAGAACUCUGGGGGGCUGAGCAGGCUCCAGGACGAGGUCCAGAGGCUGCGACAGGCCCUACAGGAAUCCCAGGCCGACAGGGAUACAGCCCGGCUGGACAAGGAGCUGCUGGCCCAGCGGCUGCAGGGGCUGGAGCAAGAGGCAGAGAACAAAAAACGCUCCCAGGAUGACAGGACCCGGCAACUCAAGGGCCUUGAGGAAAAAGUCUCACGACUGGAGGCGGAGUUAGAUGAGGAGAAGAACACUGUGGAGCUGCUGACAGACCGGGUGAAUCGCGGCCGGGACCAGGUGGACCAGCUGAGGACGGAGCUCAUGCAGGAGAGGUCCGCUCGGCAGGAUCUGGAGUGUGACAAAAUCUCCCUGGAGAGACAGAACAAGGACUUGAAGAGCCGGUUGGCCAGCUCAGAAGGCUUCCAGAAGCCCAACUCCAGCCUCUCUCAGCUUGAGUCCCAGAAUCGGGAGUUGCAGGAGCGGCUGCAGGCUGAAGAGAGGGAGAAGACAGUUCUGCAGUCCACCAACCGAAAACUGGAGCGGAGGGUGAAAGAGCUGUCCAUCCAGAUUGACGACGAGCGGCAGCAUGUCAAUGACCAGAAGGACCAGCUAAGCCUGCGGGUGAAGGCUUUGAAGCGGCAGGUGGAUGAAGCAGAAGAGGAAAUUGAGCGACUGGACAGCCUGAGGAAGAAGGCCCAGCGUGAGCUGGAGGAGCAGCAUGAGGUCAAUGAACAGCUCCAGGCCCGGAUCAAAACCUUGGAGAAGGACUCCUGGCGCAAAGCUUCCCGCUCAGCUGCCGAGUCAACCCUCCAACACGAAGGGCUGAGCUCAGAUGAAGAAUUCGACAACGCCUACGAUCCUUCCUCCAUUGCAUCACUGCUUACCGAGAGCAACCUGCAGACCAGCUCCUGUUAGCUCGCGGUCCACAAGGGCUCAGAAACCACGGCUGGAGGCCUCUCCUGGCCAGCCCUGCUCUGCCCUGCCCAGCCUCACAUUCCUCCUUCCUGUGGGGGACCCGAUUAUUCAGACUUGAGGCCGGGAGGGGUGUGAGUGAUGGCGAUAAAAGGGCAUCAGUGCUAAACCGGUAGGCGGGCUUCCUUUUUCCUCCGGAGGAGUGGGGAUUUUAAGCCAACUGCACCCUCCCCUGAAGUGCCGAGCCCCCCCUCUUCUCCCUCACAGCGGCAGGAUGGUCAGCAUAUGGGCUGAUUGAGCAGGACAGGAAGGGAGAGAAAUUGCCAUGUAUGUAAAGCUUUAUUUCUUUAGCCCUUACCCCUCAGGCUCAGGGACAUAAAUACCCUCGGUGAUUCUGUUCCUUUGACUCCUGCAACCUGCUUUCCUCCCACCCUGGAGCAGGGUGAGGCGAACCUUAUGGGUAAUGGACAUGCUGGCGUGCGUGGGUCUACCGGUUCCUCGACGCUCUUCUUUGCACAGCCAAGGGGCCCAUGGCACUCCCCUCCCCCUCCAUUCCUGUUUUUUUCUCUUUCCUAAGCCAGUGGAUCCGGGGGACCCUUUCUCCUUCCCUUCUCAUCUUCACCAUUCUUACCUUCCUUCUUUCCUCUCAGUGCCUUAGUCACGGCGAGGAGAUAAGGCUGAUCUUCUGGGCUUUUAUACCUGCACAUUCAUACCUCUCCAAGGACCAGCCUUUCCCCAGCUGGGGCCCUCAGCCUUCCCUGCGGCCUCAGUGACUGGUCAACAGAACUACUGGCUUCUCUGCAGAUGAGCCCCUGGGAGAGGGACUUGGUAGCGCCAUGGUGCGGUGGUGGGGCUCGGUUCUGCUCAGGGUUUCCAUCCUUCCUCCUCUCCUCCUGUGACUAUGGAUGUGUUUAUAAGGUGUUUGCACCUGGGAACCCUGACAACUGUCUACACGAGAUGAAAAGCAAAGGUCCCAGUCCCUGUGGCCUUCCUCGUGGCUCCUCUGAUCCGAUGUGCCCAUCCUCAGUGGGGAACCGAAGGAGCUUGGACCUGAUACAGGGCGUCCUGUCUGGGGCCAGAGGCUGACUCUUGGUAGAAAU